CUUAUUGGUGAGUGGGCGAUUGUCGCCGUGCAGUUGCAGCCCAAAGUUUCUUUUGGUUUCCGGUGUCCCUGCUAUGGCGACUCCGGAUUCGUUGUCUCUGUUCACCGGCCUGGGCUUGAGCGAGCACAAGGCCCGGGAGACCCUCAAGAACGCGGCUCUGAGCGCUCAGCUGCGCGAGGCGGCGACCCAGGCGCAGCAGACUCUGGGCUCUACCAUCGACAAGGCUACCGGGACCCUGCUCUACGGUUUGGCUUCCCGACUCAGGGAUACUCGACGUCUUUCUUUCCUCGUAAGCUACAUAGUCAAUAAGAAGAUCCACUCUGAGCUCCAGCUGAGCGCUGCUCUUGAAUAUGUGCGGAGUCAUCCUCUGGAUCCCAUCGAUUCUGUGGACUUUGAGAAGGAAUGUGGUGUGGGUGUCCUGGUGACGCCGGAACAGAUUGAGGAGGCUGUGGAGGCCACCAUAAAUAAGCAUCGUCCCCAGCUCCUGGUAGAACGGUACCGUUUCAACAUGGGGCUGCUGAUGGGAGAGGCUCGGGCUGCACUCAGAUGGGCAGAUGGCAAAAUGAUCAAGCAUGAAGUGGAUAUGCAGGUCCUCCACCUUCUGGGUCCCAAGAUGGAGGCUGAUUUGGAGAAGAAGCCCAAGGUGGCGAAGGGUCGGCUGGAAGAAACAGACCGGAAGACCAAAGAUGUGGUAGAAAAUGGUGAGGCUGCUAGCCAUACCCUGUCUCUGAUGGAGCAGCUCCGAGGGGAAGCCCUUAAGUUUCACAAGCCUGGUGAGAACUAUAAGACUCCAGGCUAUGUGACUACUACACACACCAUGGACCUACUGAAGCAGCACCUGGAGAUCACUGGGGGGCAGGUACGUACCAGAUUCCCCCCAGAACCCAAUGGAAUCCUGCAUAUUGGACAUGCCAAAGCCAUCAAUUUCAACUUUGGUUAUGCCAAGGCCAACAGUGGUAUUUGUUUUCUGCGCUUUGAUGACACCAACCCUGAGAAGGAAGAAGCCAAGUUUUUCACUGCUAUAUAUGACAUGGUGGUCUGGCUGGGUUAUACACCUUACAAAGUGACAUAUGCCUCUGACUAUUUCGACCAGCUGUAUGCCUGGGCUAUAGAGCUCAUCCGUAGGGGUCAAGCUUAUGUGUGCCACCAGAAAGUGGAGGAGCUUAAAGGCCACAACCCUUUACCUUCACCGUGGAGGGACCGUCCCAUUGAGGAAUCCCUGCUCCUCUUUGAGGCAAUGCGCAAGGGCAAGUUCUCAGAGGGUGAGGCAACACUGAGAAUGAAGUUGGUAAUGGAGGAUGGCAAGAUGGACCCUGUGGCCUAUCGAGUCAAGUAUACACCACAUCAUCGCACAGGGGACAAAUGGUGUAUCUACCCCACCUAUGACUACACACAUUGUCUCUGUGACUCCAUUGAACACAUCACCCACUCACUGUGUACCAAGGAAUUCCAGGCGAGACGUUCUUCUUACUUUUGGUUGUGUAAUGCACUGGAUGUCUAUUGCCCUGUCCAGUGGGAGUAUGGCCGCCUCAACUUGCACUAUGCUGUGGUCUCGAAAAGGAAGAUUCUCCAGCUUGUAGCAGCUGGUGCUGUGCGGGACUGGGAUGAUCCACGACUCUUCACACUUACUGCAUUACGACGACGGGGUUUUCCUCCUGAGGCCAUCAACAACUUCUGUGCCCGGGUGGGGGUGACAGUGGCACAGACUACAAUGGAGCCACAUCUUCUGGAAUCCUGUGUGCGUGAUGUGCUGAAUGACACAGCCCCACGGGCCAUGGCCAUCCUAGAGCCACUACAAGUUGUCAUCACUAACUUUCCUGAUGUCAAGCCCUUGGACAUCCAAGUGCCCAACUUCCCAGCUGAUGAGACCAAGGGUUUUCACCAGGUUCCUUUUGCAUCCACUGUCUUCAUUGAGAGGACUGACUUUAAGGAGGAGCCAGAACCAGGGUAUAAGCGUCUGGCUUGGGGGCAGCCUGUGGGCCUGAGACAUACUGGCUAUGUCAUAGAGCUGCAGAAUGUUGUCAAGAGUCCCAAUGGCUGUGUGGAAUGCCUAGAGGUAACCUGCAGACGAACUGAUGCUGGAGAAAAGCCCAAGGCCUUUAUUCACUGGGUGUCACAGCCUCUGGUGUGUGAGAUUCGCCUCUAUGAGCGACUAUUCCAGCACAAGAAUCCUGAAGAUCCUGCUGAAGUGCCUGGUGGAUUCCUAAGUGACCUGAAUACGGCAUCACUACAAGUGGUGGAAGCAGCGUUAGUGGACUGUUCUGUAGCUCUGGCAAAGCCCUUUGAUAAGUUCCAAUUUGAACGCCUUGGGUACUUCUCCGUGGAUCCAGAUAGCCAUCAAGGACAGCUUAUUUUCAACCGAACUGUCACACUGAAGGAGGACCCAGGAAAGGUGUGAACUGAAAGCAUGUGGACCUGCCUCAUCCUGGAGGCUGGGAGUGCCCUCACCACCUCACAAUAAAGAAUAACUAAAUCCCCCUGGA